ACUCUGGGCAGGAAAGGUAGUAGCAGCGAUCUAGCGCAGCGAGCUGGCGAAGACGAUAGUGAGAGGAAACCAGAGAGAUAUCGAGCUGGCACAAGAGUAACACUUGGAUAACGCACGAUAAGGACAGGACACGAGAAGAGACAAGAGUGUUACGUGUAAGCGAGGUCGUCCAGGGUGAUAAAAAGAGAGACUGGAGAGGAAAAACCACCAAUUUGCUGCUUCUUUGAAAUUGACAUGUGAAAAAACGUGACUGGAUACCACCACUACUACCCUACCACUCUCCGUCACCACCACCACCACCAUCACCACCACUUCUUCCUUCUCCUCCACCACCUCCUCCACCACCACCUCCAUGCUGGCCACCAUGUCGUUCCCGGAGGCCAUAGUGACGUCAUCGUGUGGGCGGGAGGAGGCGGAGCUGAAGGUGGGAGUGGGCGGGACCUUAGGACUAGCCACGCCCACCGCCCACACCCCUGACGCCCCAUCAAGACUCACCACCACUACCACGGCCUCGUCCACCACCACCCACCACCACCACCACCACCCGCCGCCUGCUGACCUCCCCGCCCUCGCCGCAGACCUUCUCCCUCAGGAUAACCUCGCAGACUCCCCUCCGAUAUUCUCACCCCCUGCGCCAGCCACCCCUGUGUACUCCCCUGUGUCUCCCUUCGGCGGUAGAAUUGACACCAAUUACUUCUUCCCGUGUGGUCCUUCCUCCCAUCUCUUCCCGCCCUCCUCCGCCUCCUCCACGCUCUCCACAGCCGGCAGGAGCUCCCCAGAAACAGAGAUCAUCAAGAGCAACCUUCUCGGCUCCAGACUUCGGGACAAGAGGUACGAUUCUGUGGCAGAGUCCGAAGGAGGCUCCGCGUCUGACUGCACGGAAGGGGAACGUUCGCCCACGCAGGUGUAUUCCCCCGAGCUGGAGCGCGAGGGCUUUUCAGGGGUUCGGCACCACCAGCCCCUGGACGUGCUAGGCAUGGACAUUCCCUACGACAUGUACACCACGAGGGGCGGCACGUACACGCCCACCAUGCAGGACGUCACUGGCACGCCCGCAAACAUGUGGACCCAGCAAGCCCAGGAAUAUGGCAUGCAGGAACUCAACACCAUGAAGACCUCCUCGCCAACACCACCGCUUAACUUCACGCAGCGGAUGUACAGCACGGGCCAGGUUCACCAGCGACAGUCCUGCCCCCUGCCAAACGCCACCACCCUGCCGGCACUCAACCAGCUUCAACCCCAGACGCCUCUCCCUCGCACUGCUCUUAAUUACGGAGGCUACGACAUGACGGGAUCCUGGGCCGCUGCUACCGACUCUUACUACGGCGCCCAACAUGCACGCACCGCCCUAAAAGCAGCGGAGGGCGGCGGGCCGCGGGACUCAGGCUGGGAUUGUCGUGAGUGCGCCAACUGCGGCGUGUCCAGCACUCCCCUGUGGCGCCGCGACUACUUCACCGGCCACUACCUGUGCAACGCCUGCGCCCUCUACAACCGCAGCAACGGCGUCAACAGGCCCCUCGGCCGGACUCCCACGCGCCGCCCAUCUGGGCAGCGGCGGUCCAGCCAGAUCUGCACCAACUGUCACACCACAGUCACCUCCCUGUGGCGCCGCAACAGCCAAGGCGACCCGGUGUGCAAUGCGUGCGGUCUUUACUUCAAGCUGCAUAACGUGAACCGCCCCAUCACCAUGAAGAAGGAGAGCAUCCAGACAAGGAAGAGGAAAUCCAAGAACAGGAAUGACAGCAAGCAAUCCUCCACCUCCUCCUCUUCCUCUUCCUCCUCCACCUCCUCCUCUGCUACGAUUGGCGUCACCACCACCUCCUCCACCAUUACCUCCUCCUCUUCCUCUAAUUCCACAACUUCCUCCUCCACCUCCGCCACUGUCCCCGCCACCAGCUCCUCCACCUCCACCAUCUCCUCCUCCAAGUAUCAGCCGUCCUCCUCGCCCUCAGCCAGCUUGUUCGCCAUCAAGACGGAGCCGUCCCUGACCUACCCAGCCAUGUACAGCACCGGCUCCCCGUCCUCCCCCUACAGCCAACACGUGUCCUCGCCCACCGUCUCCUCUGCUUCCCUGCUGGGCGCCAACAUCCCGUCCAUGCUGCCCACCUACUCCCUGCCCAGCGUGAAGACUCCCCCCACCUCGGUGUCCGCAGUGGCAUCGUUGUCUUAUGACGUGAAGGACGAGCCCUUGUCUCCCCGAGCCACCAGCGGCCUGGCGGACCUCCCCAGCCUGGCCCAGAACCACACCAUCGCCCACCAAGUGGCAGGGGUCGCCAAUGUCGCCACGCGGGGCGCUGCCAUGCAGGGGACUUCCGUGGGUCAGACCCAGCUGCCCAUUUCCGUGUCCGCCGCUCGGGCCUGUCUUCUGUGGCUCACUACGCCUCUCCGGGGGUGAUGCUGCCUCAUAUCGUGGCAUCCGGCACCCUGAGCGCUGGCCUACAGGGCCACCCCUCCCCGCUAUCCCCCACCGCGCACCAGCACUCCCUGGAGCACCUCUCGUGGAAGGGCAAGUGAGUAGGCAAGCCCGCGCUGGCAGGGCGCCGCCAUGGCUCGGGGGCGGCACGGUGCUUGUCUGCUGACCUCCACUGAUCCGAGAGAGAGACUUCAGGGUGGCGCGGCGGACGGAGGUUAGAGCUGAGACGCUGAUCCCCUGUGAGGAGCCCAGGCCCCCGGUGUGAGGCUGCGGGGCCGCGCGCCACCUACCCGCGGCCUGCUGGGGCUGCGGCACGAGGCAGCGCCACCACCGCCACCACCACCACUACCACCGCCACACUACCAUUACCACCAUUACUGCCAUUCCCACUACGUCAGGAAGUUAGAUAUUCCAUUAUAAACUUCAACAGAGAGAGAGAGAGAGAGAGAGAGAGAGAGAGAGAGAGAGAGAGAGAGAGAGAGUUUCAAGUGGCCGGAAAGUGCAACUCUAAAUACAGUUCAAGUGUUUCACUGUGUGUGUGUGUGUGUGUGUGUGUGUGUGUGUGUGUGUGUGUGUGUGUGUGUGUGUGGGCGCGCGCGCGCGCCCGCAUAUAUAACUGUUAAUGUUCUUGUACAGCCAACUUGUGAAGCUUCCAUUUAAUAUUUUAUUUAUUUGUGAGUGAUUUUUAACUUUCCUAAUAAGUCCGUGAGGCUUAGCCUUGUCUUGCCCCGUCACAGGGUAGCGGUGGUGGUGGUGGUGGUGGUGUUGGCGGCGGUGGUGGUGGUGGUGGUGAGAUGUGUGCUAUUUUGGUAUUUGUGAGAGAGAAGCAGAUUCAUUGCUUAUUUUGUUUUAAGAUUUAGUAAGUCUUUAGUGUGAUGAUGAUGAUGAUGAUGAUGAUGAUGAUGAUGAUGAUGAUUUUAUACUCGCUAAGUGAAGUGAUUGUAACCGCCAUGGGCCGCACAUUAGCCGUGUCUGGUGUGGCGUAACGCGUCAUGGAUAGAUUGUGUCUGUGUGAGUCAUGGUGGGCUGGGCAGGCCGCCUCGGGAGUGAUGGGUUGUGUUCUGGGACACUCUGCGCUCACCACCACUCCUUUCAAGCGCUACGGAAAUGAUCAGCCAGGUUUUCAAGAGCUUUUUUCUGUUAAUAAUGUAGAAAUCUUGUUAAUAUUUUUUUUUUUUAUGUAGGAGGGACAGCUGGCCAAGGGCACCAAAAUAUGAAAAAAAAAGACCCACAAUGUUGCCAGUUCCUAAUAGAUAUGGGAGUUAGCCAAUAUCCAGGACCGUAAAAACACCCUUGAAAACCAUUGUAACCUGACUAAAGCCUAUUGAAAGCAGUGGCGGUGCGGCGCAGGAGUGUUUCAGAGCACACUUCCCGAGGCGGCGGAGGGCUUGGCGUGCCGCGUAGGAGGGCAUGGCAUAGCGUAGUGUUCUAGUCUGUAGGUUACGUGUUAAGUCUUUGCGUUGUUCGUUGUUCGUUCGGUCCAAGAAUUUCUGUGGCGUGUCCUCACCUGUGUUCUCCACCCGACCGGCCACCAAGGCCAUGCUUGUGCUGAAGUUUGGUGCUACAGAGCGGAGGUGGGGAGUGGACCUGGGACCCAGUGCUGCAGGGCGCCGGGCAGGCUGAUGCAAUACUUAUGGCCCCGCCUAUAAUGAUGAGUCAAGCCAAGACCUGACCUGACCUGAUGUAACCUAACCUAACAUAAAGUAACUUAAUCUGAGCUAAAAAUAACUUAGCCUCACCUCGAGCACCGGAGGGACGAGUCAAGUUCAUUUGGUGCUGAAUCCAUAAAGUUGAAUGCUAAUAAUAAUAAUAAUAAUAAUAAUAAUAAUAAUAAUAAUAAUAAUAAUAGUAAUAAUAACAAUAAUAAAAUAAACGAUUAUGACUGAAAAUCUAUAGAACAAUACAGUACAGUGGAACCAUGUGUGCUUUGGGGUCCGAGGGAUCUCCAAGCGCACGGGUUCGAAUCCUGUCCACGCUCCGAGUGUAGGUAGGGCUUCCUCACUCUGGGCAACGGUUUCCUAGCGGGUGGGCUUUGAGAUAGGAGGUACCACAAAAAGUAUCCCCUUUAGCCCAGACAUUCCCGUGAAAAGCCCACGUGGUAUAAAUAAAAAAAAAAAAAACAUAUUACUUGAUAAAUAAACCAAACCAAUGAAGAACACCAGAGAGAGAGAGAGAGAGAGAAGCACAUUAAUUACACCUCUAGAAUACAAGGAAAUGUGCAAUAUACUCUUUCUGAACCUCAAACACAUCAAUCUUUUCACUAACAAAUCUUCUACAGUAAAAUCAAAACCAGUGCCACCAAAGCAAUGCAAAAACUGGUCUUAAGGUCUCAUAAAUGCCAUAAAAAGUCUUAAUAAAAGGUCUCAAAAGGUCCAUUCCCUCACUCGCAUCUUCAAUAUAAGUUUUUUCCACCCUUUUUCCCCAACUUCCUUCUACCAAGACCAACCCAGGGCCCCUCUCUCACCCACGCCCCUCCUGUGUGUCUGUGUGUGUGUGUGUGUGUGUGCGUGUGCGGCGGGCGUGGGUGGCGUGACGGGCGGGGAUGGAGUUAGCGCUUAAGAAACUGUGUCAAAUUAGUGAUAAGGAGAUGUUAAUGAGGGAGCGACAAGGUGAAGGAGAGGCGGGGCAGGUGAGGCCAGAUAAAGGUUCAUUAGGUGUUUCUUACUUAAUUAAACUGGUGAGGGAAAUUUGAGGUGAGUGACUAGGAUGAUGAUGAUGAUGAUGAUGAUGAUGAUGAUGAAUAAGAUGAUAAUGGUGUAUUUAUAUGAAUGUGAUGAUCUUGUGUCACGUUUAGGGGUAAAUUGUGAAACGUAUUGGGCUUUCACCAAGACUAAUUUCCAAGGCCACAGGAAUGAUUUGCCGGGUUCCCAGUACUGUUUUUUCUGUCAGUAAUGUAGAGGAAGUGUUCACCUUUCACUAAAACCAUGAAAGCAUCCUUAUAAACCUGUGUAACUUCACCUACAGACUCUUGAAAUUAGUAAAGACAAAAGUGUUGGGAAUAAUGGUUCUUGUAUAUUGCCUUCUCGCCCAACAACCCUGCCUCCAUCCUCUCCCUCGUCCCUCCUGCCACGACCAUGCUGUGCCUAUCUGUAUCCUACUUUUAUGAGAGAUAAGAUGAGAUAAAGGAUGUGUUAGUAA